AUGGUCAAGAUGAGCAAAAUCAAACCUGUAAGAUUUAUAAUGAAAAUGGUGAACCAAGUGAUAAAUCAAGUUUUUUCUAACAAAGCUUCAACUGGUUUUGAUAAAAUUAACACUUCUCAUAAGUUACUGAUUGAUAAUAAUAGGAAAAAAAUUUUUCCUAUUAUUUCAAGUAUACUAUUUUGUGGUACUCAAGAAAUUGCUUUGCGUGGAAAAACAUCAAAUGAAGGAAAUUUCAAUUCUUUAAUUAACUUUAGAAUUGAAGCUGGUGAUAAAAUUUUACAAAGUCAUUUAGAAUCAAGCCCCAAAAAUUCCAAAUAUAUUUCAGCUAGAGUUCAAAAUGAAAUAAUUAAUAUUACAGGAAAAAUAAUCUUGAGCAGAAUAACAAAUUAUUUAGUGAAAUCGCGAUCAUUUUUUUCUAUACUCGCUGAUGAGACUGCUGAUAUUUCUGGUACCGAACAGUUAUCCAUAGGCAUAAGAUAUAUCUCAUUUGAAUCAGAAAACCCUGUAGUUAAAGAAGAAUUUUUAGGUUUUGUUGCAUUAACAGAUAUGCAUGCUAAAACUGUAGCAAAAUCUAUAAUACAUUUUUUGAGACACUCUGGUCUUAAUUUAAACAAUUUAAUAGGACAAGGAUAUGAUGGUUGUAGUGCCAUGUCAGGUAUUCAUAAUGGUGUCCAAGCAAUUAUUAAAAAUGAAUUUCCUAAAGCUGUAUUUGUACACUGUUCAUCACAUAGACUAAAUUUAGUAAUAAAUGAUUUGAAUAAACUUCAGCAUAUUCAAAAUUGUGCUGGAAUUAUCAAGUCGAUUAUUAAAUUUUUUAGGUUAAGUCCUAAAAGAAGAAAAAGAAUAGAAAAAAUCCCUUUAUUUUGCGAGACUAGAUGGUCAGAAAAAUAUAAAACUAUAAGAAUUUUUAGUGAACAUUUUGUUGGAAUAGUUGAACAAUUAGAAAUAAUAUCUAUGGAAACAUGCUUUGAUUCACAAACAAAAAGUCAAGCAUUUCAGUUACACAGUGCAGCAACUAAAUCAAAUUUUAUAGUGUGUUUAUUCAUAAUGGCAAAAUUUUCUGCUCAACUAGAACCUAUAACGAAUGCAUUACAAGCAAUACAGUUAGAUUUAUCUCAAGCUAGAAAAUAUAUUACUGAAAUCAUUGAAGUUUUUAACAACCUGGAUGCGAAAAAUUAUUUUCAUGAGAUUUUUAAAAAGGCUCAAAAUGUUGCAAAUGAGCUUGGAGAAGAAAUUGAAAUUCCUCGUAUUGUUUUUAACCAAAAGCAUCGUUUAAAUCAUCCAAUAAAUACUCCUGAAGAUUAUUUUAGAGUUUCCUUAUACCAACCAUAUUGUAUAUUAUGGUAUAAUGUAUGGAAAAAUAGAAACACAAGUCAAAGUGAAAUGAAAAAUAUAAGUUUCAUAAGUCUAUUAGAUGAAGCAAAUUUAUAUCCAGCAAUUUAUAUUGCACUAACUAUCGCAUUAACUUUGCCAGUUACUACUUGUUCAAUAGAAAGAACUUUUAGUACACUACAUAGAGUAAAAACUUGGACAAGAAAUACUAUUGGUGAUAAUCGACUUAAUGAAUGGAACUUUUAUUCAAUGAUUGAAUAG